AAACUCUUGGAAAAAACUCUCUGAAAAAAGUGUCAGUUUUGCCGAACUUUUCUUGUUUUCACCCGUUUUUGUCCGCUUUUGUUGUGCCGAUUGUUGCCGAUGCGAUUGUCGGCCAUAAAAGCCGUACUCGAAUGCCGCCAUAGAUGUCCAACCUGUGGUUUUUCCGAUUACGCGGCGGUCAGGCCAACUCGCUGAACGAGCGCCGUCGGUCCAGUUCGGAACGUGUCCAAAUGGACGGCUGUCAAACGGUUCCGCAGUUUCAGUUUCAUCCGGCUUCGGUAUCCGGUUCCACCAGUCGACUGCACAGUACUCGGGGGUCGACCGCCUCCUAUUGUGCAGCAAUGGGCGCUUUAGGAGCCAAUGAUGUUCCGCCAUUGCAUCGAACCUCUCUAUUGCCCGGACAGUCCAUCAAUCCGGCCGACAGUCUCGACAACGUCGCACAACUCAUACCCAGAGUACGCGUCGAGUUUUACGUUAAUGAAAAUACAUUGAAAGAGAGAUUGCAAUUAUAUUUUAUUAAAAAUCAGAGAUCGAGCUUAAGGAUACGUAUAAUUAAAACAAUACUUAAACUGAUUGCAUGUCUAUUAUAUGUGAUACGCGUUGUAGUGGACAGUGGACCGACCGCUGCCAACUGUUACGGCUGUCCUCCAAAUGAGGCCAACAAUAAUAAUACACUACAAGUCAACUAUCCGUACGCUUAUUCACCGUAUGGCUGGGAUUUAAGCCGUGGAUUUGGUUACUCUAUUAAUUACACCUCAACGCCACUCAAUUGGAAUGCCAUACUCUAUGUGGACAGACCACCAAUUUUGUGGACGUUUCAAACAAGUGUGGCACUUAUAUGUCUCGCCGAAGCCUUACUAUUAGCCUAUUUAUCAUAUAAAGGAAAUGUAAUGCAAACGCUUUUAUCGUUUCAUUUUAUUUUGGAGAUCGUCAACAACGCUCCCUUUGUGGCCACAUUAAUAUGGUCUCCAUUACGUAACCUAUUUAUACCGGGAUUCCUGAACUGUUGGCUCGCCAAACAUGCCCUCGAAAAUAUGUUUAAUGACUUGCACCGGGCGAUGCAGAGAUCGCAGUCGGCUCUUAGCCAACGUUUGAUGAUAUUGUCGGCCACACUGUUGUGUCUCAUAUUUACCAGUGUGUGCGGCUAUCAGCACUUCCAGAGGGCCGGCGGUCGCAAUGUCGACCUAUUCGAGAGUCUAUACUUUGUUGUCGUCACGUUCGCCACUGUCGGCUACGGCGACUAUAAACCGGAUCGUUGGCCGUCGCAGUUGUUUAUGGUUAUCAUGAUUUGUGUGGCACUGAUUGUAUUGCCCACACAGUUUGAACAGUUGGCCUACACUUGGAUGGAAAGGCAAAAACUUGGCGGCAGUUAUAGCAUACAUAGGGCUCAAACCGAGAAACAUGUGGUUGUCUGCAGCACAACAUUACGAUCGGACACUAUUAUGGACUUUCUCAACGAGUUUUAUGCUCACCCGCUAUUACAGGAUUUUUAUGUGGUAUUACUGUCCCCAUGCGAAUUGGAUAUAACCAUGAAAAUGAUACUACAAGUGCCAAUGUGGGCCCAACGGGUCAUCUAUAUACAGGGCUCGGCCCUUAAGGAUACCGAUCUUACCAGAGCCAGGAUGUGCGCUGCCGAGGCUUGUUUUAUAUUAGCCGCUAGAAAUUAUAUCGAUAGAUCAGCCGCUGAUGAACACACAAUACUACGUUCGUGGGCUGUCCGCGACUUUGCGCCUAACGUUCCCCAAUAUAUACAGAUAUUUAGGCCCGAAAACAAAAUACAUGUAGCCUUUGCCGAGCACGUUGUUUGCGAGGAUGAGUUUAAGUACGCCCUGUUAGCAAACAAUUGUCUGUGUCCGGGAACGUCCACUUUGGUGACACUAUUAUUGCAUACAUCAAGAGGACAAGAGGGUCAGACAUCUGACGAGGAAUGGCACCGACUGUACGGCAAGUGCUCCGGCAAUGAGAUAUAUCACAUACGACUGGGCGAUAGCAGGUUUUUCGGUGAAUACGAGGGCAAAAGUUUUACUUACGCAUCGUUUCAUUCACAUAGAAAGUAUGGCGUGGCUCUGAUCGGCAUACAGACCGACAUGCGGGGGACGUGGCCUAUAAUGUUGAAUCCCGGACCGUCCUAUGUCCUCAAGUUGUCCGACAUUUGUUUCUACAUGAAUAUUACCAAAGAAGAAAACUCGGCUUUUCUGCCGGCGACCGGCAGUCAUUCGGGAAGCGGUCAGCUGUUGGCCACAACUCCCAGUGGAGUCCUAACCGGCGGCACAGUCAUCGGCGGUAGUGGUGGUGGUGGCGGAAAUAAUGGCGAAGCCAUCAAACCGGUCGACUUGGAGUCACUGGUGACGGCCGGCUCUGGCGGCGGACAGACAACGCACAGUCGUAUACAAGUGCCUAACGAGUUGUCGGGUGUCGGCGGCAACGGUGGUGGCGGCGGCGGCGGCGGUAAACAUCAUCACCAGUCCAUUGAGAUGUCGUUUCUGUCGACCGUACGGCGCAAGAGCUCGAAUCUGUUUUCGUCGGACUCUACGCUGUCGGGCGCCAAAAUCAGGCGCGACUCGUCGCCGACCCGAUUGAAACGGGCGGUCACCGAGUUUGCUGUCAAAGUGAAACGCGUGACCACUGGCGCCGGCCGAAACUUUGGUCAUCUGGAAGUGCCUAAAAUGGAGUUCGGAUCGCCGGCGUCGCCGACCAACAAAAGUAACGACAGGGUGGCCGCACGCGGUCGUCGGCCGAGUAUAGCGCCAGUGCCGGCAAUGCUCGGCGACAACGAUUCGGAUGAUUCCGAUAACAACAGUAACGAUUCGGAUGCUGAGGUCAAGGACAACAAGGAUAGUGCCGCCGGUGCCGAUAGUGGUCAACAACACCAAACCGAGCGCUAUUUGGAUAAGCCGUGGUGUUCACCGGCCGAGAGUUCCGACAUUGUUAAAGGCUUUCCGCCGGUAUCGCCAUAUGUCGGUGUUAGUCCGACCCUGUGCUAUCUGGUCAAGGAUAAAAAACAGCCCUGUUGUCUACAAAUAUCCAAGCCGUGCGAUCACUGUCCCUGGGUGCAUGCCCGCGACUACAAUUGGCAGCAAACCAGGUGCAUCAUAUUGGCGGCCGACUACGCCAGCAACGGUAUCUACAAUUUUAUUGUACCCCUCAGAGCCCACUUUCACAACCCGAACACAUUGAGGCCGAUUGUAUUGCUAUUGGAAAGGCGUCCGAAUCUGGCCUUUAUUGAUGCCAUCUCAUGGUUUCCAUUGGUCUAUUGGAUGCAGGGAUCUAUUGAUAAUCUGGACGACCUGAUCCGGGCCGGCAUCAAUCUGGCCGAUUCGGUAGUCGUGGUCAACAAAGAGUCGACCAAUUCGGCCGAAGAAGACUAUCUGGCCGACUGUAAUACUAUUGUGGCCGUACAGACAAUGUUCAAAAUGUUUCCGUCGGCCCGCAUGAUUACCGAACUGUCCCAAUCGAGUAACAUGCGAUUCAUGACGUUCAGGGCUCACGACGCCUACGCCCUAUCCCUGUCCAAGAUGGAAAAGAUGGAACGGGAGCGCGGAUCGCACAUAUCAUACAUGUUUAGGCUUCCAUUCGCCGCCGGCAAUGUGUUCAGUGCCUCAAUGUUGGACACACUGCUCUACCAGGCCUUUGUCAAAGACUAUAUGAUCACUGUUGUCCGUUUGCUGUUGGGCAUCGACCAGGCGCCCGGUUCAGGCUUCCUAUCGUCCAUACGUAUAACCAAAGAUGAUCUGUGGAUCCGGACCUACGGUCGACUGUAUCAGCGAUUGUGUUCGACAACUUGCGAGAUACCGAUCGGCAUCUACAGGACACAGACCACUCAAAGUCCCGAUACUCUAUUUCCCGGUGUCCAAAUAUCCUAUGAUUUUGUGUUUCCUCUGAGCGAACAAACAAACUUUCAACAACUCAGUGCCGAAGUCGAGCGCCAAGAGAUCACUAAUUUGGUCCGCAAUCGACUUCAAGACAUGGGAAUGCCUCACGAAGAUUAUGACAAUUGCUCUGAAAAGAGGAGUAAUCUCUCGUAUGUUAUAAUUAAUCCAAACUGUGAUCUUAAGCUCGAAGAAGGAGAUAUGAUCUUCAUAAUAAAGCCGAGUCCCAUAAACAGCAAAAAGGUGUUUAUGUCGCGCGGAAACUCCAUGCGCUCCAAGUCGGGUAUGAAACGGUCCCGAAGCUCGCAAUCGGCCAACACAUCGGCGGCCAACACGGCAGCCGUGACCAAUGAGUUGACACCGACAUUGCAUCAGCAGCAUCAUCAUCAUCAGCAUCACGGCAUCGACGUAAUCAUCGAUACGGUCGAUACGCACACACCCAACAGUCCCGACAGUCCCGAUAACGGUGGUGGCGGUGGUCAGGCCAUUGGUGAUCUGUCUACAACAUCGGGACAACAACAAUUACAGUCAGCAUCCACACCAACAUCGUUAACAUUGGGAGCCGUAGUGGACAGUCUACUAGCCGUAGGCAUGGAUGAUAUCGGCGGCGGCGGUAGUAGUAGUAGUGGUGGUGAUGUCAAUGGCGUCAAAAUUGUUAUAAGCGAUGAUAAAAUUGGUGGCACUGUUGUCUAAAAUUAU